AUGAUUCUCAAGAUGAAGAAAGACCCAGAAAGUCAUGGAACAUUCCACAAUCAUUUCAUGGAGUCUGUUCGACCUCUGAUUGAGUUGAUUGACUCUCUGAGGUUGAUUGGCAUUGAUGAGGACAUUGGCCUUCCAUCCAUUGCUGUUGUGGGAGAUCAGAGUUCAGGGAAGAGUUCAGUUUUAGAAGCACUCUCUGGAAUAGCUCUGCCUCGAGGAAGCGGUAUGGUCACUCGCUGUCCUCUUGAGCUGAAAUUACAAAAGAUCAAAAAAGGGCCGUGGUCAGGGACUAUUUCUUACCGUGAUAACAAAGAGACGGUUCAUGACCCACUGAAGGUGGAUCACCUUGUUAGAGAAGCUCAAAACAAGCUUGCUGGGAAUACUGUAGGGAUCUGCGAAGACCUCAUCACAUUGGAAAUUUCUUCUCCUGAUGUCUGUGACCUCACCCUGAUUGAUCUACCUGGUAUAACCCGUGUACCUGUGCAUGGUCAACCUGAGGAUAUUGGGGAUCAGAUUAAAACUUUAAUAGAGAAAUUUAUUUCCAAGAGAGAAACCAUCAUCUUAGUUGUUGUACCUUGUAAUACUGACAUAGCAACAACAGAAGCACUAAGGAUGGCACAAGACGUAGAUCCAGAAGGACACAGAACUCUUGCAAUUCUCACAAAGCCAGAUCUUAUUGACAGAGGAGCUGAGACUGAUGUCUUAAACAUUGUGCAGGGCAAAGUCAUUCCUCUCAGCAAGGGUUACAUUAUUGUGCGAUGCCGUGGUCAGAGUGACAUCAACAACAAAAUCCCCCUUGAAAAAGCCAAGCAGACUGAAAUAAAAUUCUUUAGGAACCACCGUUAUUUCAGCUUCCUGCUGAAUGAUGGUAGAGCAUCUACUCAAUGCCUGGCAGACAAGCUGACAAAGGAACUGGUGGAUCAUAUUAAGAAAUCGCUGCCAUACUUGACUGAGCAGAUUCAGACCAGACUGCUUAAUGUGCAAAGAGAGCUUAAAAACUAUGAGCAAGGUCCUCCUAUGGAAGAGGAGCUGAUGGGACCCUUUCUCAGUUCGAUAACAAUGGAGUUCAGUGAUUUAAUAAAUGAACUGAGUAGAACGGGGCAUUCAAAACACAAAAACAUCUACACUCUUCUACGUCCUGUGUUCCAGACAUGGGACAUGCAUCUGAGAGAAACGCAAGUAUUAUUCACAGAGAAAGUGAAGGAAAUGAUAGAGAAGUACAACGAGAUGCAUCGUUGCAGAGAGUUAUUAACUUUCAAUGAUUUCUGUGAAUAUGAGCGUGUCAUUAAAGACCAUGUGGCAGAUCUUCAAGACCCAGCUAUGACAUUAAUGAAGCAAGUACGAGAGAUUGUUCAGAAUGAGUUCAAGGUAGUUGGUGAUUCAUCUUUUGAACGGUACCCUCAACUGAAAUACAUUGUUUCUAACCUGAUUAAUGACAUUCAGUCAAAACAAGAGACCAAAGUGGAGAAAAGAAUCAAAGAGUUCAUUUAUAUGGAGCAACUGGUCUUUACCCAGGAUAAAGUUUUACAACAGAAACUCAAUGAAUCUGUCAUCCCUAAAGCAGCUGGGUUAGACACCAGUGAUGACACCCACUAUGAAAAUGGUGAUGAUGAUGAUAACAUUUUUAAUUCCGAAGGCUGUGCCCUGUUGGAUACCAGAAAUCUAACUCCAGACAAACUGUUUCUCUAUUAUAAGAUAGUCUAUCAACGCCUCACAGACUAUGUGCCCAUGCUGGUAACUCUCUUCUUGCUGAAGGACUCAGCAAAGAUUUUGCGACAACAAACGAUGGAACUGAGAAUCGAGGCAGAUUUGGUCAAACUGCUCAGUGAAGAAUCAGAGAGAGGAUGCAAGAGGGCUGAUCUGAAGCAACGUCUGGAACGCCUGACACAAGCUCAAGAUCUGAUCAGCAGCAGACUCUAA